AUUACGUAGUUGGGGAGAAUUUUAGGUAAUUUGGUAAAGUUAACUCGUACUGUACAGUAUGUAAAGAAUACGUUAAAGUAUUUAUAUUUGUUUAUAAAAUUCGUUUACUUUACACUAUUUAUAUUUGUUUAUAAAAUUCGUUUACUUUACACUAAAUAUGCUAACUUUACAAUGUACUAUGAAAUUUCUUAAAAGAAACAUUACCAUGAGUUAUUACGUGAAUGUCAACUGUCAGUGUCAAAUCCAGGUGGGCAACACAGACAUAACCUUAAAAUCUUAAAUAUAAAUAUUCUGGUUUUUAGUACGUCCUACCAAAUACUAGAAUAAUCUUAUACGCAAUAUGAAGAAACCCAAAAAUGCACAUAAGCCGAAAUUUGUAAAUACUCGAAAAGUUCUUCGGAAACAGAAAAGACAAGAGAAAAAGGUGCAUCGACAAGAACAUUACAUGAAGAAGAAAACCAUAGUAGAUCAACCAGGAUUUACUCCAGGGAAGUUCGUCAAACGUCCUGCUGAUGAUGCAGAACCAGAAACGCAAGUCAAGAAUAAAAAACAAAAAGUCCAGCCAACUUCCCUGGACCUCCUCAGCAAAGAACGAUUGAAGGAACAAAGGGAAGUGAAGAAAUUGAACUCGGCGAUGGACCAGCAACGGAAGAAGAUGCUUGUGGAAGCUAAUGAAGAAGAAGAUAAGAUGAUCAAAAAGUUGGAGAAACAACUGGGGCUAAACAAGGCUAAGAACAAGAAUAAGCUCUUCGCUGAUGAUGGACUAGAUUAUUUACUAGAAAUAUGUGACAGGGCGACUUCAGAGCAAAUAGUGGCAGCUGAGAAACAUUUGGCUGAUGUUGAAGACGAGUCAGACUUUGAAGAAGACCUGGCCACUGUCACUGGCAAAGAUGUUAAGAAGAAAGACAAAGAUGGCCAAAAAACCGACAAAUUAACUAAGAAAAAAGAAAAAGUUGACAAAAAUAAAAAGGGCGGUCUAUCAGAUGACGAAGAUGAUUUCAGUGAUGAAUUAAAUGGUGAAGAAAUUGAUAACAUGUCUGAUGAAGGUUCUGAAACUGAUGAUGGAAGUGAUUUGUCAGUAUUAGGUAGUGGUGAAGAGGCAUCUAACUUUGAUGAUGAAGAAUCUGCACUUGAUGAAGAUGACGCGGAAGAUUCAUUUGAUGAAGAAAGUGAAGUAUCUGAUGAUGAGCCAGAAGAAAAACUGACUAAAUCUCAAAAGGCAAGUAGCAAACAGAAAUUAAAAGAAAUAGAAACUAAAAAGGAAACCGAAUCACCCAAAAAAACAAGUAAAGAAAAGAUUAUUAAAGCUGAAGAUUUGAGUAAAGUGUUCAGUGAUGAUGAGGUAUCACAUCUAUCAGAUGAUGAAGAUGAUGAUUUGGAAGGAUUUUCUGGUGAUGAUGAAGAAAAAGAAAAAGGUAGUAAAAACAAACAGAGCGAAGAAAAACCUGAUGUCUGGGAAGAUAUUUAUGGUAGGAAGAGAGAUAAGGAAGGAAAUGUUAUAAAGGAAGAGAAAGGUGUUUAUAUUCCGCCGCAUUUACGAAACAAGGAUGCAAGUACGGAUAAAGAAAUGAUUCAGCUUAAAAGACAGAUUAAAAGCGUCCUAAACAAGCUUGCGGGCAGCAACCUCCAUUGGGCGUGUACCUCCAUAGAAGCGUUGUACUCCAACCACAGCCGGCACGCGGUGAACAUGGGCGUGAGCUCGCUGUGGCAGCAGGCUGUAGUGACGUCACAAGCCACCCCCGACAGGAUGCUGGCUGAGCACGCCGCGCUGCUAGCCGCGUUGCAUGCCAAUGUUGGACCUGAGAUAGGCGCCCACUUCCUACAAGAGCUGACUGAAAGGUUCGACAACAUGCUUCACACAAUGCAGCCAGUGGAAGACAAAGAACUAGACAACCUUGUCUCGUGUCUUGCUCACUUGUACAGCUUCAAGCUGUACCACGCGAACCUCCUGUACGACAUCCUAGCUCGUCUUACGGAGUCCCUGACAGAGAAGCACAUAGACUGCGUGCUGGUGGCGCUGCGGAGUGUAGGCGGAGUGAUGAGGAAGGAAGAUCCUCUGGCCUUGAGGAGCUUCAUCCAUGAUGUGCAGGGCAAGCUUGCGGCACUCAACGAGACCGCUGCUGAUGGGUCCCGAAUAAAGUUUCUGCUUGAAGUUUUGAUGGCUGUCAAGAACAACAACCUGACCAAGAUCCCGGGCUACGACCCUGGAUACACGGAGCAUUUACGCAAAGCCCUGCGGGGGAUUAUACGCAAGGGGAACUAUAUCACGCCGCUCAAUAUCAGGCUGGAGGAUCUGUUGAAGGCCGACGAACGAGGGAAAUGGUGGGUGGUGGGAUCAGCCUGGGAAGGCAACAGGCCGCAGGCAGAGAAGCCCGUAGCCAAACCACUGCCCACCGGCGACCAGAAGCUUCUGGAACUUGCUAGAAAACAGAGAAUGAACACAGAUGUUAGAAGAAGCAUCUUCUGCGUCAUUAUGGCGGCUGAGGACUACAUGUCAGCCUUCGAGAAGCUGGAGCAGCUGUCCUUGCGUGGGCCACAGCAGCGCGAAGUAGCGCACGUGGUGGUGGCAUGCUGCUUACAGGAGAAGAUAUACAACCCCUACUACGCUGUACUGGCGCACAAGCUCAUUGACACUGACAGAAAGUAUCAGCUCUCAUUCCAAUUCACAAUUUGGGACAAGAUCAAAGAUCUAGACGGCUUGUCCAAGCAAGGCAUGACUAAUCUGGCGCAGUUCAUAGUACAUUUAAUUAUGGAGAAAGGAUUACCUCUCUCUAUACUAAAGAUAAUCGAGUUCUCCGACCUGACGAAAAGAACUGUCAAAUUCAUGCGGCAAAUCCUCCUGUCAAUUAUCAUGAAUGAAGACCUGCAGUCUACCCUGGAAGUGUUCCACCGCAUAGCGAAGCCACCAAAACUACACAUGUUCAGGGAAAGCUUAAAACUAUUUAUACAACAUUUCCUUGUCAAAAAUGCUGAAAAGAAAAAUAAUGUUUUAAGUGAGAAAGAAAUGGCAACACUGAAGGAACGAACCGUCGAAGUAGAUAAAAUAUUGACCAUGCAUGAAAAUAAAUUAAGAUUUUAAUAUAAAAAUACGAUUAUAUAA